AAAAUGAAUAUAUAAACUAGCUACGAGUACUAGUUCUCUCUCGAUCUCUCUCUCUCGCUCUCUCAUCGAUCCUAUAUGGAAGUAACAGUAAGCUCAAUUGUUCUCUCUUUGGCUUUGGUUACUUUCCUAACAUUGGCGUGGAAGGCACUGAACUUGUUCUGGUUAAGGCCAAAGCAGAUAGAGAGGUGCUUGAGAGAGCAAGGUUUUAAAGGAAAUUCGUACCGAUUCUUGUAUGGAGACACCAAAGAGUUCAUCUCAGCGAUUAAAGAAGCAAGAUCCAAACCCAUGGAGGCUUGCAACGACGAUGUCGUGCAGCGUGUCAUAGCGUUCCACCGAUAUUUUGUCGAUCUUCACGGGAUGAAUUACUUCACUUGGUUGGGGCCUACACCAAGAUUAAACAUUAUAGAUCCCAAACUGGUAAAGGAGAUCUUGUCUAACACUGAAGUCUUUCGAAAGCCAGCGAUAACCAAAUUACUACUGACAGGGAUUCUGGCUUAUGAUGGUGAGAAAUGGGCUAAGCAUAGAAAGCUUGUUAACCCGGCUUUCCAAAUAGAAAAGUUGAAGCUUAUGGUACCAGCAAUGUACUCAAGCUGUUGUGAGAUGAUAAGCAAUUGGGAAGCGUUGGUCUCGACAAAGGGGUCAUGUGAGCUAGACGUAUGGCCUUAUCUUUCUAAUUUGACAGCAGAUGUGAUCUCUCGAACAGCAUUUGGCAGUAACUAUGAAGAAGGAAAAUUGAUAUUCCAACUCCUAAGAGAACAAAGUGAUUUUGCAAUGCAACGUUUGCAGUCAAGUUUCAUUCCCGGAUGGAGGUUUCUACCAACUAAGACAAACAGGAAGAUAAGAAAAAUACACAACGAACUGGGAGCCCUACUACGCAAUAUCAUCAACAAAAGACUGGGAACCAUGAAUGGAGAAGACGGAGAUAGUGACUUAUUAGGCAUACUUCUUACAUCCAAUAUGAUAGAAAUUGAUCAAGGGAAACUAGGAGACAAAAAGAGAAUCAAACUUACAAUUGAAGAGGUGAUCGAGGAGUGCAAGCUGUUCUACCUAGCUGGGCAAGAAACCACUGCGGAUUUGCUUGUUUGGACAAUGGUUCUGUUGAGUAAGAAUAAAAAAUGGCAAACUCUAGCUAGAGAAGAGAUUUUGGCAGUGUUUGGCAACGACAGACCUGAUUUUGAUAGGUUAAAUCAGCUCAAAACUGUAACCAUGAUUCUACACGAAGUUAUGAGGUUAUACCCACCAGCUUCCGUCCUUAGUCGUUUCAUACAUAGAAAGACAAAGCUAGGAGGACUUGUUCUACCAGGUGGAGUGGAGAUUUUUGUGCCGAUUAUGGAAAUUCACCAUGAUCCUAACUUCUGGGGAGAAGAUUCAAAAGACUUCAAGCCGCAGAGGUUUUCUGAAGGAAUUGCAAAGGCGACUAAGGUUCAAGGCACAUUCCUUCCAUUCGGUGGGGGUCCCAGAAUAUGCAUUGGACAAAACUUCGCACUAGUGGAAGCAAAAAUAGCUUUAGCGAUGAUUUUAAAACACUUCUCUUUCCAGCUUUCACCUUCCUACGUGCACGCCCCUUCGCUUACGUUAACAGUCCAACCCCAACACGGUGCUCAUUUGAUCUUGCAAAAGUUAUUCUAGUAACUGAACAUUCACAACGGCAAAGGGUAAAGUUGAUGACGCAUUUACCCCCUCUGGUUCUAGCUGAAUCGAAAUUCUUUGCCCACCUAGUUUGGGUAUUGUGUAAUGAAUUAACCAAGUUAAGUUUCUCUUUUUCAUUUCACUAUACGAAGCUCAAUUUCUAUAUGAAA